AUGUCUUUCCCCUCACCGGCUUCAGGGCCAACUCGGCGUCGUGGAGAUUCCGUCUCUUCAUACUCAAGUCCCCGCCUCAUCCCUCGUGCUUCUCCUACCCAAGAUGGCGUCUCCAAUAUGCCAUCCGAUGUGAAUCACGGCUCCUUUCGAGGCCAAUCGACCCAGCAAAAUACGACUGCUAAUAUUACCGGCACUUCACACCAAUAUCAACCUACACGUUCUUUUGUUCAUCUCUCCUAUCGUGGAGACCCAGCACCGGUAGACAGCGCACAGUAUGCCCGCAGUGUUAGAGAAGAUACCGCCGAGCUUGCAUCAUAUGCCCUGUCCGACACACCAGCCGCACUUCCUCCUUCCCCUACCCGACCACGUACCACGCAAAUGCACCUCGAAUCAUACUUCAAUGGAGGUGAAGAAGAGUCAAGGCCGAACCGAGAAAGUGAACCCUCACGUCACGAAACUAUAGAAGAAGUGUCUGAGCCGGUCACUCCAGAGGAGCGCUCCUCGAGCAGCCUUCCACAAAGUGCAUCUGAGGGAAUCAGGAUCUUGAAAGUUUACAUACGAAAAAAGUACCAAACUUGGCCAAAAGCUACGGAAUGCCUUGAAAUCGACCCAGAGAACGAAGCACUACCCGUUGUUGAAACUGCCUUCAACCCCAAGCGCUGGGAUAAAAAAGCAAUAUGGAAAAAUUGUGUUAUGGCACCAGUUCAAUCUCUUCCAUCAGUACUUUUAGGAGCGCUUCUCAAUAUCUUGGAUGCGUUAUCAUACGGAAUGAUCUUAUUCCCUCUAGGACAGCCAAUCUUCGAAAAACUUGGUGCUGCUGGAAUUUCCAUAUUUUAUGUGAGCACAAUCAUUUCACAAUUAGUGUUCUCAUGCGGUAUGAGUACAUUCAAAGGGGGUAUUGGUAGUGAAAUGAUAGAAGUAGUACCAUUUUUUCAUAAAAUGGCGUUUACGAUAAUGGAAGUCGUUGGCGAAGAUAAUGCCGAAGCCGUCAUCGCGACCACUAUCACGUCAUAUGCGAUUAGUUCCAUUUUGACAGGUCUUGUAUUCUUUUUGAUGGGAACCUGUGGCUUUGGUUACAUCGUUGGAUUCAUUCCCAGGCACAUACUCAUAGGAUGUAUUGGUGGUGUUGGUUGGUUCCUCAUCGCUACUGGGUUUGAGGUCACAGCACGCCUUGAUGGAAAUUUAAAUUACGACUUAAACACUCUGAAUAAGAUGUUUGAGUCUGAUACAAUUGCUUUAUGGGCUAUUCCUUUCGCCAUAGCUCUAUUUAUUGUUUGGUCACAAACCAAAAUUACCUCGAAGUUUUAUUUAUCCGCCGUUAUAAUGGUCAUUCCAGCAGUAUUUUACUUCUUCGUCCUUUCAUUGGAUGAGUUGGAAAUACCUAAUUUACGUCAGAAGGGUUGGAUUUUCGAGGGACCUGAAGCUAAUGAGCCAUGGUGGUAUUUUUGGACCUUGUACAAAUUCCAUCUUGUACGUUGGGACGCCAUUAUUGAAACAGUCCCUGCCAUGUUUGCUUUAACAUUUUUUGGACUUUUACAUGUUCCUAUCAAUGUUCCCGCAUUGGCCAUCAAUGUUGGAGAGGAUCAUCUUGACUUGGAUCGAGAACUAAUCGCACAUGGUGUCUCAAAUAUGCUAUCUGGAUUUGCUGGAAGUGUUCAAAAUUAUUUGGUUUACACCAAUUCGAUACUUUUCAUGAGAUCAGGUGGUACUCGUCUGGCUGGUAUUUUACUUGCCGCCGCUACUUUCGGUAUUCUAGUGUAUGGACUCAUCUUAAUCGGGUACAUACCCGUCAUGAUGGUUGGGGCUCUCAUCUUUGUACUUGGAUUCGAACUUUUGGUUGAGGCAGUUUGGGUACCAAGGAAGAAGUUGAAGUCCCUUGAGUAUUUGACAGUAUGCGUAAUAGUGAUCACAAUGGGUGUCUAUGAUUUCGUUGCUGGAAUCUUCAUUGGCAUUGGCUUGGCCUUUGUAUCAUUUGUAGUCCAAACCUCCAGGAUCCCUGCAGUUAGAGCAUCUUACUCGGGUGAGAUAGCUGGAUCCACUGUUCGUAGAAACGCUACUCAAUCCCGCUACCUUCGAGAUGUUGGUCAACAAAUUCACGUUACAAAGUUGGCUGGAUACCUUUUCUUUGGUACUAUCGUUAGUGUCGAGGAACGUAUCCGUGCAUUAGUCGAAGAUGAAGCAUUCACCGAAAGACCCAUCCGUUUCUUGAUAUUCGACCUUUAUCAUGUGACGGGAAUUGAUUAUUCCGCUGCAGAAGCGUUUCUUCGGUUGAACCGCAUUUUCAGCAAGAAAGGCGUUACCUUAUGUCUUAGUGGAAUUGAUUCUGAAGGUCCUAUAGGUAGUCAUCUUAGAUCAGUUGGUCUUGGUCAAGGUCAAGUAAUUGAAGAUGGUAAUGAGGUAACAUUAUUCGAGGAUUUGAAUUCCGCAUUGGAAAGUUGCGAAAACGAAUUACUGAAAACACUUUACGCUAGUCAACAAGCUCGAGCAAAUCGAAAUGUAACCUCAAAUCAAUUAGAAGUACCUACAAGUCGAAACAGUCGGGGUAAAUCAUUCUCACAUUCUUUCGACACUCAAUUCGGUUCUCCAAGACGUAGUCAACUUUUUCGAAUGGCUACUAAUGCUUUGGAGGAAACUAAUGUACCUGAUAUUAAAUAUUCUAAUUUUAAGGAACCCCUUCGCUUAAUUCUUCAAACCUUUCAAGGUCUCACCAAAAAGAAUGAAGAUUUCUGGUUUCGCGUUGUUCCUUUUUUCACUCGUAAAGAAUAUCCCGCAGGAUCAACACUCUUCCGUCGAGGUGAACCAGCAAAAGGUUUCUAUCUUCUCGAAGAAGGUAUCCUCCGAGCCGAUUACGAAUUACCUCAAGGACGUUACUUUGAAAGUAUCGUUGCGGGAACUACAUGUGGGGAAUUACCAUUUUUCUCCGAGACGGAUCGUACGGCAACGGUUGUGGCGGAAAGAGAUUGUGUGGCUUGGUUAAUGGAGAAGGUCGAUUGGGAAUUAUUGCAGGAGAAGGAUAAGGAGGUUUCGCAGGAAUUGUUGAGGAUUGGUUUGAAGUUGACGAGUGAGAGGAUGGGUGCUAUUACGAGUUAUGUUUUGACUACUGCUGGGUAG